AUGCUGGCUCCUCCAGCUUUUCAGGGGACUACAGAAUCUUUCGAAGCAGACAAUUGGCUUACAGAAAUGGAAAAGGCAUUUGCUGUCUUAAGAUGCCGGGACGAUGAAAAACUUCUGUUUGCAUCAUACAUGUUGCAGGGAGAAGCAUUUAAUUGGUGGCAGAUGUUGGAGCAUAAAUUUGAGCAUGAUGGGGAACCUCUCAAUUGGGAUAAAUUUCGAAAAGCAUUCUAUGAUAAAUAUUUUCCUCGGAGUGUAAAGCCACAGAAGGAACAAGAAUUUAUCCAUUUGAAGCAAAGGGGCAUGACAGUGGCCGAAUAUGAAGCCAAAUUCACAGAACUAGCCAAAUUUGUUCUGAAAUUGGUAGAGGAUGAGCAAGACCGAGUGCACAAGUUUGAGAUGGGAUUGAAGACUGAAAUUAGGAAGCAAGUGGUACCCUAUGAGUUUACUACCUACGCAGCUGUGGUGAAUAAAGCUUUAAUCAUUGAAAGGGAAGUCAACGAAGCUUUUGCUGAAAGGGAAAGAAAUCAAAAGAAAAGAAACAGACCUGUUGAAUUUAAAGGGGGAAACAAGAAUUUCAAAAAUCCAGCUCAGAAGCCAAAUAAAGAUAGAAAUCUCAAAAAUGAGAGUGGGAAGUGUUCAAGAUGUGGCGUGGUGACAGGUACUAUUCCUGUAUCUGAUAUUUAUGCUUAUGUCUUAUUUGAUCCUGGUGCCACACAUUCAUUCAUAUCCUCAAACUUUGUCAAAACACAUGACAUAUUGUGUGAAUCCAUGACCACUAAGUUCUAUGUGGAGACACCAGUAGGCGAUAGGGAAUUACCUGUGGAUCUGAUUGUACUUGAUAUGCGGGAUUUUGAUGUCAUUCUGGGGAUGAAUUGGCUUGCUACCUAUCAUGCCUCAGUAGACUGUCAUGACAAGAGGGUAAACUUCCAAAUUCCGGGAAAACCGACAUUCAGUUUCUGUGGGAACCAGGGAACUGCUUUUCCUCAUAUUAUUUCGGCUUUGCAAGCUGGACGAAUGUUAAGGAAAGGAUGCACAGGUUAUCUGGCCUCAGUAAUUGAUAUACAACAAGAUGAACUAAAAAUAGAGGAUAUUCCUAUAGUGAAUGAAUUUUCGGAUGUCUUUUCCAAGGAGUUAUCAGGAUUGCCACCGGACAGAGAAAUUGAAUUCACUAUUGAUCUUGUACCUGGUUCAGGUCCGAUUUCUAAAGCUCCUUAUCGAAUGGCCCCAGCUGAAUUAAAAGAAUUGAAAGAUCAGUUGCAAGAUUUACUGGACAAGGGUUUUAUACGACCUAGUGUGUCACCUUAG